GGCAGACAACGGGGAAGAAGAAGAGGAGAAGAGUUCAAGGCCGGUGGAGCCAAGACCGCUGCUGCCAUCGAGAUGAGUUGAAUUUAAUGUCGUCUGACCUUUGUCUGACCGAGUCUACACGUCUUUUGAAUCACAGAACCGCGCCUGUCUGCUAGAAUCAAUCAUGAAGCACCACUUGAUGGUCGGGACCUGGACCCCUCCGGGGCGCAUCUACACGGUGCAGUUCGACGAUGAGGCGUUGACGUUGACCCUCGUCAAGAAGACGGAGAUCCCAGAGGCGGAGCCUAUCUCGUGGAUGACGUUUUCACACGACAAGAAGACCAUCUACGGCGCGGCGAUGAAGAAAUGGAACAGCUUUGCUGUUCACAGCCCGACGGAGAUUGUCCACCAGGUCUCGCACCCGGUGGCUGGCCAUCCUCUCGCGCCCAGCUCCGAGACCAACACGCGUGCCAUCUUCGUGCUCGCCGCCCACCAGCCCCCGUAUAACGUGUACGGCAACCCUUUCUACAAGUACGCUGGCUUUGGCAACGUCUUCUCCGUCAAGGCGGACGGCAGUCUGGACGAGAACGUGCAGAACUACCCGUAUGCCGAGAACACGGGCAUCCACGGCAUGGUCUUCGACCCGACCGAGACAUACCUCUACUCGGCCGAUCUGACGGCCAACAAGAUCUGGACGCACCGUAAGGACGCCCAGACCGGCCAGCUGGAGCUCAUCGACUGCCUCGAGGCCCCCAGCCCGGGAGACCACCCGCGCUGGGUCGAGAUGCACCCCAGCGGCAAGUACCUGUACGUGCUGAUGGAGGCCGGCAACCGCCUGGGCGUGUACGUGAUUGACGAGAAGCGCCACGUCCCCGUCUUCACCCACAUCACCUACCCGCUGCUGCCUCCGGGCCUGCCUUCGCGCCAGACCUACCGCGGCGACGUCGUCUUCACCUCGCGCAACGGCGAAUACCUCUUCGCCACCACCCGCGGCAACGGCUUCGACUACACCGGCUACAUCACCGCCUUCAAGCUGGGCCCGCACGGCCAGAUCGAGCGCCAGCUCUUCGUCAACCCCACCUCCACCAGCGGCGGCCACUCCAACGCCGUCAGCCCCUGCGACUUUAGCGACGAGUGGCUGGCCCUCUGCGACGACCAGGAAGGCUUUGUCGAGAUCUACCGCUUCAAGGACGAGCUGCUGGCCCGCGUCGCCCGCGUCGACAUUCCCGAGAAGGGAUUCGGCAUGAACGCUAUUUGGUACGAUUAG